UUUCUCGAUUUCUUCUUCAAUCUCUCGUUCUCCCCAAUCAUUUCCUCAGUUUCGGUUGUACAGUCUCCGAAAUAUGCCCUACCCUUUCUCUCGAACUUGCGACGCCCCGUGUUGAUACGCCAAUCCAAACUGCCACUCCGCAUCCUCCGAUCUCUCCUCCGAUCCCUCCGAUCUCAAUCUCCAGUCUCUCUCCGAUCUCCCUUCCAAUCCCUUCGUCGAUUUUUCGCUCGAGUCUCAUAAUGAAUGGGCAUGCGGUGGAUGCGGCGGAACAACGUCGGACGGUCCAUCACCAUGCCGACAUCGUGAUCGUGGGCGCCGGCGUCCUGGGCUGUGCCUUGGCCGUCACGCUGGCGCGACAGGGUCGCAGUGUUCUACUGCUGGAGAGUUCGAUGAAGGAACCCGACCGGAUCGUGGGCGAAUUGUUACAACCGGGUGGGGUGCGGGCCCUCAAACAGCUGGGCCUCUCCGAUUGCCUGGAGGACAUUGACGCCAUCCCCUGCGACGGCUACCACGUCUCGUAUUUUGGCCAACCGGUGCACAUCCCCUACCCGGUCUUGACCCCCGGCACGCCGCGCCCCCAGGGCCGGUCCUUCCACCACGGCCGGUUCGUCAUGAAGCUGCGCGCCGCCGUGCUGGCCUGCCCCAACAUCACCGUCGUCGAGUCCAAGGCCACGGACCUGGUCGUCAGCUCCCACACCAAGCAGGUCCUUGGCGUGGAGUGCGUGACCCAGGACCUGCGGGACUGCUACUUCGGCCACCUCACCGUCGUCGCCGACGGCUACGCCUCCAAGUUCCGCAAGCAGUAUCACCCGCACGCGCCCAAGGUGCGGUCGCGCUUCUGGGGGCUCGAGAUGAUCGACGCCGUGCUGCCCCAGCCCCGCCACGGCCACGUGCUGCUCAGCGACAACGCCCCCGUCCUCGUCUACCAGAUCGGCACCCACGAGACCCGCAUCCUGGUCGACGUCCCGGAGAACCUGCCGUCCGCCUCGGUGCGGAACGGCGGCGUCAAGGCCCAUUUGCGCAACGUCGUGCUGCCCUCGCUGCCGGAGUGCGUGCAGCCGGCCUUCCAGGCCGCCCUGGAGAAGGGGCCGCUGCGGUCGAUGCCCAACUCCUUCCUGCCCUCCACGCCGAACAAGACCCCGGGGUUGAUGAUCCUGGGCGAUGCUCUCAAUAUGCGCCACCCGCUCACGGGCGGCGGCAUGACCGUCGCUCUCAACGACGUGAUCAUCAUCCGCGACCUGCUCAGCCCGGAGGCGGUCCCGCGGUUGAGCGAUACGGAUCGGGUGUUGAAGCAGCUGUCGGUGUUUCACUGGCGCCGCAAGCAGGGGUCGUCUGUUAUCAACAUUCUGGCUCAAGCGUUGUACGCAUUAUUUGCAGCUGACGAUCCCAACCUCAAAGCCCUCCAACGCGGCUGCUUCCGCUACUUCGAGCUAGGCAUCACGGACGGCCCAAGCGGGCUACUGGCCGGUCUGAUCCAGAAACCGUUCGUGCUGUUCAUCCACUUCUUCAACGUGGCCUUCCUCUCGCUGUGGCUCAUUCUCCGCGACUCACCGGUGUACCUACUGCCGGUGUCCUUGAUCCGAUGUAUAACGGUGUUUUGGACGGCUUGCGUUGUCAUCUUCCCUUAUAUGUUGAUCGAGUGGUUUGGUUGAUUCUUCCUGACUGACUGGUUACGAUUAUCUCCUAUUCUGGAUGCUAUAUUACCACUCUUCACUGUUAUUACUACUAUUGCUAUUACUGUGAUAUUCCCCAUGAUUACUCGUCUAGCCUGCUUGACUGUUAUCUUCUACGCCAUUAGGAGACAACCGUCGUUCCAGGGUGACGUUAUCGGUUCGUCCAGAAAGGACAACAACCUAAUGUGUUUUUCUUUUUUUUUCCCCUGUUAUUUCAUUUGUGUUGAUGUUUUGAUGUUCCUUCUGUUGUACUAUAGAGACCUGCCUGACUUGACU